CGUUACUGUCAGUUGUCAAUGUCAGUUGAGUUUCCUUUUUCCUGCAGCGUUUGACAGCGACAGAUAAAAUGCCGUCGGUGACAUUAAAAGACGUCGACCAGCAUAAAUUCGUUAAGGCUUUCGCCUCAUUCCUUAAGAAGUCGGGCAAACUUCGUGUGCCGGAAUGGGUUGACCUAGUAAAAACAUCCGCCGGUAAAGAACUAGCCCCCUACGAUCCUGACUGGUACUACAUCAGAUGUUCGGCCAUCGCCAGACACAUUUACAUCCGUUCUCCAGUCGGUGUAGGUUCCGUUACCAAAAUUUUCGGUCACCGUAAAAGGAACGGUACCAAGCCUUCCCACUUUUGCAGGUCUGCAGGCAGCAUUGCCCGCAAAGCCCUUCAAAGUUUAGAGGCCGUCAAAUUGAUUGAGAAAUCAGCAGACGGUGGAAGGAAACUUACCCAACAAGGUAGAAGAGACCUCGACAGGAUAGCGGCGCAAGUUAAGGCUAAGGAACGUAAAGCUCUUAAGGCGUCCGCUGUUCUCGCUUUGUAAGUGUUUUAAUUAAGAUUUAAUAAAAAAUGAAUUGGAAAGGUU